CGGGGCGCCGCGCGGGAUGCGCUGAAGGGCGAGCGGCGCGGCGGCGGCGAUGAGUGCCUCUGCGGCCACCGGGGUCUUCGUGCUGUCCCUCUCGGCCAUCCCGGUCACUUACGUCUUCAACCACCUGGCGGCCCAGCACGAUUCCUGGACAAUUGUAGGGGUUGCUGGCCUCAUCUUGCUCCUGGUAGCCCUGCUGGCUCGUGUCCUGGUCAAAAGAAAACCACCCCGGGACCCACUGUUCUAUGUGUAUGCAGUUUUCGGAUUUACCAGCGUGGUGAACCUCAUCAUAGGCUUGGAACAGGAUGGAAUCAUUGACGGGUUCAUGACGUACUACUUGAGAGAGGGUGAACCGUAUCUGAACACUGCGUAUGGGCACAUGAUCUGCUACUGGGACGGCUCUGCUCAUUAUCUGAUGUAUCUGGUGAUGGUGGCGGCCAUAGCGUGGGAGGAGAGUUAUAGAACUAUUGGCCUCUAUUGGGUUGGAUCUAUUAUCAUGAGUAUUGUUGUUUUUGUGCCAGGAAACAUUGUGGGGAAGUAUGGAACCCGCAUUUGCCCUGCUUUCUUCUUAAGCAUACCAUAUACUUGUCUUCCUGUCUGGGCUGGUUUCAGAAUCUAUAAUCAGCCAUCAGAAAAUUAUAAUUAUCCCUCAAAGGUCAUUCAAGAAGUCCAAGCCAGGGACCUGCUGAGAAGACCAUUUGAUUUAUUGUUGGUCGUGUGUCUCCUCCUGGCAACUGGAUUUUGUCUGUUUAGAGGCUUGAUUGCUUUGGAUUGCCCGGCUGAGCUCUGUCGAUUUUAUACACAAUUUCAAGAGCCCUACCUAAAGGAUCCUGCUGCUUAUCCUAAAAUCCAGAUGCUGGCCUAUCUCUUCUACUCUGUCCCUUACUUUGUGAUUGCGCUUUAUGGCUUAGUGGUUCCUGGAUGCUCCUGGAUGCCUGACAUAACACUGAUGCAUGCCGGAGGUCUAGCUCAGAUCAUGUGGGAUAUUUUCAAGAGCCAGGCCUGGCACCAACCUGACUGACUGCACGGGAAGCAGAUGAAUGUGGUCUUCCUGUGUGCCCCAGAAGAAACAGUGUGACGAAUACAGCAUUACCCCUGCAGUUUUGUUUUGUUUUUUUAAAGCCUUACUUAAAGAUAAGAAAGCAGAGGCUCUGGGCAGCUUAUUACUUGCCUGGGGUCAUAGUUACUAAAUGGCAGAAUAGGGAUCUGGAAUCCUGCCUGACCCCAAUGCCCACAUUCUUCUCCACUGGUAUCCCUCUUCUCAUGCAGACGUUAGGGGCGGUGGGGUCCUACGGCACAAAGCCAGACCUUUUAUGGGCCUGGAGGAGCCAGCCUCUGGGUGGUGGGAGGCAGGGACACAGCGUGCACUGUGUUUGGCCAGGGAAGCGUUUAGGUGUUGCAGUGGGCAGCAGGUCAGAGGGUGGAGUAAACCUUGGCUUUUAUUUUCCUGGCCUUAUUCUCCCGUGCUCCCCAGGAGAGAGGGCCUCCCACCAGCCUCACUCUCACCAGUCCCUUCCUUCGAGGAUUAGCUUGCUCAGAGUUUGACGUGGUUGCCGUCCCUCUCCAGGCCCUGUACCUGGGUCUGCCCCGUAGUGGGCCCCGGUGCAGGAACAUGGACCGUCAUCAUCGAGGGAGCUGACAAGAGUGAGCCACUGUUGGACCCAGCCAGGCGGACAGUGGGCAGUCAGGAGGCUUGGGAAGGUCACACCUUGGGGGCCAGGGGGCGCUUAAAGCGAUAGCACUAAGACUAAUCCCGACUGUACCUGCUGGUGAGGGCCAGGCCUGCAGACAGGCCCUGUGGCUCCGGCCAGGCGGUUCGGGGAAGGGCGGCGGGGCCGAUAGAGCCCUCAGCAGCAGUAGCAGGGGCUUCAGCCAGACCCCGGGCCUUGCCGGAAUCCUUGGGCUUAUCCACCACUGCCCAGUUUGACAAGGUAGCUGGAGGCUACAGACCAGAGCCUGCAAAUGUCAGAAGGAGGUUUCUCCCAACCCAGAACGGUGUCAUCUGAGAACUGGGUGUCUGACAGUCCCACAACUCUGGGCUGGGCUUUAGUAUCUAUCUACUCGGAGUGUUUAGCCAAAGGAAAAGUUACAAAUCACACUGGAACCAAAGUGCCCAUGAUGAGAAUGUUGAAUUCCAGGUAUGUGAUUGGUUUUCUACCUGGCCAAUACUGGCUUCUGAAACGAAUUCUCGCCUUGGGAGGGCAUCUGAAACUUUCAUCACAGAAAACACCCUCCCUAACCCAACUCGCAUCCCUCGCUGCUAAAACUGUCAUUUAGAAGGUUUAUGCACUCACGAUCCCACUAACUUUAUCAAAGUUUGCAUUUCUUGAAAGGCCUAGUGAACUCCCAAGACUCUGUGAUUUAGUAAGAAAAAAAAAUGUUUGAAAAAAUUCUAGAUCAGUACAAGUCCAUGGAAAACAUGUUAAGUUCUUAUGGGUCCCUGAUUUCAGAUUCUGUAGGAAUCUGCCAAAUCUGCUGUCUUCAGAAAUCAAAAAGUAAAAUAAAAUCAAAUAAGCAGGACACAUUUUACACCAAAGAGCCAGUGGGGACUUAUUCAUAACUCAAUUGUCUUUUCUUAUAAAAUUCCUAUUGUAGGAUUGAAGUUGCAAGUCUAGUUUGAAAAGUAUUGCAGGCUGCUUAGAUCCACUUAUUAGUACCUUCUAGCAACUGAAGAAUUUUUCUCUGCUAAAAUAUCACUGAACAUUAGAAGAAAACAAUCUAGUCAAUAUGGUUAAGAGCACGAGCGCUAGAGAGACUGUGUCAUUAUCUCAGCCGGUCCCUGAGGAGCUCGUGACCUUCACCACCUUGGAUUCCUCUGCUGUGAAAGUUAGGAUAAUACAGGAGCUUUCUCCUAAAGCUGCUGGGAGGGGAUUAAAUGAGGGCAUAUAUGUAAAAGGCUUACAACAGUGCCUGGCACAGAAUGCGCUGUGGGUCUUUGUUGCUGUUCUUCUUGUUGGUUUAAGAUUCCCAACAGGAGUCUAGAGAGGAAGUGCCUUGUGUUGCUCAGGAGAUUCAUUCAUCUGUAGCCAUGUGUAACAGAUAUUAUUACCUAAAGAUCAGAGAGACUGGGAGAGAGCUUUGGGAUAGACUCGCAGUGGGUUUGUCAGGGAGCCUGCCGCCCAUCCAGUGCCACCCACAGCCCUGGAAGCAGGAACAGUCUCCCCUGGGUCGGGAAACACCCCUUCCCACUGGCUGCUCAGACUCUCCCACUCCCUGGCUACAGCGGAUGCUGUGUACUUCCUCACAAAAGGGUCUGGAAGCUUAUCUGUGGAUAAUUUGGUUGUAGAGUUGACUCUCCUGGAGGCGAAUUUUAUGUUUUUUUUCCUUAUGGAAACCUUUAGGAAAUACCUGAAAGAUUUCGGAAGAACAUGGAUAAUUGGGAUACUAAUGCAAAUCCUCUUUUAAUAGUUUGCUUCAAGUGUAAUUCAUCAGAAAACAUCUUUAUUUAGUAUUAAAAUUAGACUUUGGGUUUAAUGUCUUCACAUGAUUAUCCUUUGGUGGAGACAGAUCGUCUUGAAAUUGUCAAAAGGUCAGCAAGGGUAUCUAGAAACAAAGAACCCACCUGAGUUCUCAACAAAGUAGAAUUUCAGACAUGAACAGGCGAUUCUCUUGGCCCUGCCCUAAGCACUCCACAAAGAUCAGCUCAUUGAACAGGCAUAGCAAUCCCUACGAGGUAGGCUCCAUAUUAUCCUACUUUUAUAGACGAGGAAGCCAAAAAAGGUUACGUACCUAACCCAAGGUCAUACUGCCGGUAGAGAUGGGCUCUGACACUGGAGGUCUGGUUCCAGAUGCAGUGUUCUUAACCCCUGGACUGUGCUGUUCAGAAAACCCUAAAAAAUGACACAGUUCUGGAUUAACUACUUAUAUUGUAUCAGCCAAAUAGCCUGGCUGCUGUCCCAAUAUUAGUUUUGGCCUAUGAUACUUAUGUGGACACAUGAUACUCUUUCAGCUCUUCUUUCUGGAACCGAGAUCAUGAUUUUUAGCCAUCCUUUCCAUGUUGUCUCUAAAUAUAAGAAAAGGGAGCUAUUAAAAUUUAACCGUUCUUGGCUUUUUUUUGGGGGGGGGGGCCGCAUUUUCCAUUCUAAUCAUCCAUUAAAAAAAAAAAUCAACGCAUAUCUUGUAACUUUACUUGAGGUGGAAGCUGAUUUAGAAGGGCAAGAAAGAGGAUUAGGGGCUCCCAACGUCAGAUCACUGAACUUGGCAGAAGUUUCUGGGCUCCACAAGUCGUACCUAUGAUCCUGGGUGACAGCUCAGCGGCACUGAGCCCGGAGCCCCCGGAUGCCAGCCCAGGGGCCAGGCUGAGCUCUCGGUCCUGCCAUCGGCAGGCCUCGUGUGCUGGGGGAGGGAACCGUUCUCAGCGAGAUGGGGUUUUUCUGAAGCCUGGGGAGGAAGCAGUGGUUGGGUGCUGACUCAGCGGGAGGUGUGGCCACCGUAAAGACACCUGUUAGAGUGCACCCACUGCCAGAAACCGCAGAACACUGGCCUCAGGCUUCUCUCACCUGCGGACACCUCUUUGCAUUAGAAACAUAAGUAGGUAAUUCUGGAGAAGGCAGGCCUGCCGAAAUAGGUAUAAAAAUAGAGAAAUGCUUUGUAGAACCUUUCUGUACUUUGACAGUCACAAGACCAUUGUUGUUUAAUGUUUAUUGAGCUCUAACAAUGCGAGAGGCGCCACACAAAACAUAAGACACAGUACCUGCCCGGUGGGCUUACAAUCUAAUCUAAGGACAUGAUCAUUUUGUAAUGUUGCCAUGAUUUUGCUGUUUUUUGAAAAUGAGGUAUUAACUGCACUGGGGAGUGCAGGAAAAGAGCCUACGGAAUCACUGACUUUUUAUGCAGGUUUCCUAUGCAAGUAGGCAUGAUUGCUCAUAUUAAUCUCUCAAAGUACGGUUGGCACUUGCCCAAACCUGGUGAUUUUUGUCAUGUGUACAAGUGUCUAUAAAGACAGAGACACCGAACACACAUUUCUGGAGAUGGAGGUUCAUAUCUGGCCUCUAGUCCAGAAGUUUGGUUAUACUAUUCAGAAAAACAGUGUUACUCAAAAGAAGCCCGAGGGAAAAAUGGCAACAGGGGCCAAGCUCCUGAUCAGUGCUCCUAGAACUACCCAAGAGCGGCUCCUCCGAGUAGCCCCUCCAGUACCCUUUACCCACAAGGCCGUUUGUCUUCAGCGCCCGGAGAUGGAAUGCUUACCACCUGCGGGGUGCCCUCUGGGCCUCUGCCUGGGGGACAUGUGCUUGAGGGCAGAGCCCUCACGGAGCCUCAGGGAUCACAGUGCAGAUAGAGGUGGACAGUUUCUGUGUUGGUCCUUGGUAACACGCCACACUAAUUUCUUAUCUCCAGAGAGUAGCAAAACUGUACUGUGAGGUCCCUAGAAUGUAUCAGUACUUUGUAAAAACGUAGCCUGUUAAAGUACCUGUCACUGAUACAGAGCCAUACGCAUGCUGCCAAUGAAAGCUUGUCCUUUUCUUCUCUUGGUAAAGUCAAGUGCUAAGGAACACUUUUAUCUGUUAACCACUUAGCAGAAUAAACUGAUUUCAUACAGAAGGAAGUGUAAGAACUUAUACGUAUUUAAAUAAGCAAAUUAUUUAGUUUUUCAUUCUUAUUCUGUGACUUCUUUAGGUUAUAGUAUCUUCUCUCUUCACUUUGAUCCUGAUGAACUAAUAAUUCAUCACUUGUUGUAUUUAGAUUUCCAAUCCUUUAUUCACAUAUAGCUUAGAUUUCCAGACUCCAGGGUUGCAUUUUGUAACAAUACGAGAAUCUUGAGGAAAUCCUCACACAGAAGCCUUUUCUAAUACAGUUUUCCCCUGUGCUUAUGAAAAAGUAUCAAAAAAGAUACAUUCUGAAUGUACGUUAUGAACAAGUAUAUAAGUACAAAUGGGAAGCUCUAGCCUCAGGUUAUGCUGACAAGCUGUACUUCUAAAUAAAUUAGAAUUUGAUUUGAAAAGGUUGCCUACAUGUACAUUUACCAUUUUAUAAAGAGCAACCACAGUCCUACCCCCACUCAAGCUGGUAACAACCUUACUUACAAAACAACCCUUAAGUAUUUUUAAAGUUGCAUAAAAAACAAAUACAUGAAGAACUAAACAGAAAAUAUAUAAUGAAGGGCUUUGAGCUUUUGUUGCAAGGAAUAGGUAAAAAAGACUGAUGAAUGAAGCUGAGGUCCUCAGUGCUUCUCUUUAAAUAGCUGUAUUAAAAAUAUUUUCACUUUCUAAACUCUGUACUUUCUUCAUUUUUAUUGGAACACAUUUAGUAAUAAGCCACAACGAGUGCCUGUAUAGAUCUCCAGAAUGCAAAUCAGAAGGGAAAAAAACCUGAGAUUUUAUUCAAUUUUUCUUUUAAAUUGAGCACUAAUGUUUGGUAAGGGGCACUGGAUGGAUGAUAAAGCCACACUAAGGAAGGUUUACGUUAUUUGAACAGUUAUGUUAAGACUGGCCCUGAAUUCAGUGAAAUCCUGAAGAUUAUGGAUUGUUUGAGGGCACAGGAAACAUGGUCUGAAUGAGUCAUCCAGAACACAUUGUGAAUCCAACUGAACACAGAACUCAUGCUUACCUCCCCCCUUUUUUUUAAAUGCAACAGGCUCAGUUUUCUCACAUCGGUGCUUCUCUUCAUGCUAGAACUGCUUAUGUCUACAGAGUCCCCGAAGAAGCGAAAACCCUUUUUCUAGCAUUAAACAUAGCAUAUGGAGUUCUUCCUCAGCUCUUGGCCUAUCGUUGUAUCUACAAACCAGAGUUUUUUAUAAAAACAAAGGCAGAUGAAAAAGUUGAAUAAAGAUAUUAUUUCAUGUUCUUCCUCUCUAGAUUACAGACUUUUGUUAUCCUGGUACUGAUAUUUUGUCCCAUUUCACUCCCUUCCCAUACAGGAAUACUUAAGAAUAUGUAAAUUCUUGCUCUGCACUCUAUGUGUGAGCUCUCAUAUGGUUUUGUGUGGGUAAAUUUUCUUUUUUUGAAGGAAAAGUGAAGUUGAGAAACAGUUUGUUUAAAGAAAUAUAUUCAAAAUUAUUUGUGAAUAAGCUUGACCUUCUAUUUCAAUAUUCUGUUUGCACAUAUUAAAUAUAACUGUAAACAAUUACAACUUAGCUCCUACAAUAGUGAGCAUGAAAAUGAACUAUUCAAAAGUGAAUAUGGCCUAUGCAUAUUAAAAAAUUCAAAACAGCAAAUACAUACUGGAGAGAUACUUUUGGCAUAUAAGAUACAUAUGUGUCAUUAUUAACCUCAAUAUAAAAAGCAAAUCAUCACAAUAUUUUAAAAUGUUACUUGAAAUAUGUUUUCCCAAGGAAAGUAUAUUAUUUACUGCUGUUUUAAAAAUUGCUUUUAAUAAAAUUUUUUUGUGAGUCUAAAUAGCUAAGGAGGGAUCGAUAACUUUAUCAUUACCCUUAAUGAAUACUUGUUUUAUUGGUGACUGGAAAUAUUUCUAUUGUAUUUCUGUGUAUAUUUUUAAUAAAUUUUUUUUGGCCUUUUAUGAAAACAAA